AACAGCAACCUUGUAACGUGAUCCGGGAAUGAACCUUAAGAGUCUGGCCUGUUGGCUUCUAACAUCUUAAAUCACGUGUUUCUGGCUCCGCCGACCAACGGUACCAAUGAGAGGGCUCCCCUCUGCUUCACUCGGGGCUGUUUAGCUAGAAUACGAUAUCUAGUACAGCUGUACAAGUCAUUUACUACUUAUCCAGCCUGUGCGUGAGAAAUGGCAACGUGGAGCGGUUGUUUGCGGGUCGCCAGAGCCAGGACUGGCACCGUCAGCCACGGCUGCAGGUUCGUUGAGCAUGCCCUCCGGACACCUGUCAGCCCCAGGGGCUUCAGCACCGGCAAAACGACCCGACAGGACUUCUUUAAAGAUCUGGAGGCGCAGCUGAAGGCGUUCCGGGAGAAAGCGGCCGCGGUUCUCCCCACCAGCGGCUGGACCCCCCCGGAGAUCAACCCCGACCCGCCUCCCGAGCGGGCCGACGUCGUGAUCGUGGGCGGCGGGGUGGUGGGCUGGUCCGUGGCCUACUGGCUGAAGAGGAAGCAGAAGUUCCCGGAGAGGUUUGAAGUGGUCGUGGUGGAGAAAGACCCUACGUAUUCCCAAGCUUCCACUGUGCUCUCGGCUGGAGGGAUCCGACAGCAGUUCUCCAUGCUUGAAAACAUCCGCCUCUCUCUGGACUCUUCCAUGUUCUUGAAGAACAUCAAUGAGCAUCUUCAUGUGUUGAAUGAAGAUCCAAUUGACCUGCAGUUCAAUCACUCGGGGUAUCUGUUCCUAGCAAGCGAGAAAGGAGCUGAAGUGAUGGAGGAGAACCAUCUUCUCCAGAGGAACGUCGGAGCCAAAGUUGCUCUGUUCUCACCAACGCAGCUGAAGGAGAAAUUUCCGUGGAUCAACACGGAUGGUGUGGCCUUGGCUUCAUACGGUAAUUCAGAGUUCAGUUUUGCCCUUCUCAGAAGUUGCCGCGCACUGUCCUAAAGA